GUUUCUGUUACUUUUUCUUCCUUUUGAGUUAAAUAAAGCAACUGCUUUGUGGAUUUGGUAAGAAAAAUGACAGUAAAGCGAAAUUUUACUUGAAUUUUUUUGUUGAGUUCUUGAAAAUGGGGAGCUGAUCUGAGUACCCCUUUGUUUUAAACCCUGAAACCUUUGACGCCAUUUUAUUCUCUAACCCAGGGUCUGGGAGCAGAAUAAGAAGUUAAGGGUCCUGGAAUUUAAAGUGGAGCAAUUCCAGUGUAGUCAUUUGAAAGUAUUCACUAAAUGUGUUCCUGUGUUGAGUUUGUAUGAGGAGCCUGGCUGCUGUACUUUGUAUGGUCAACUGCUGAGCUAUUAGAAAUCCUGGUCAGGGAUACACAUUUUUUUCCCUAGCAACUGGUGGUUGGGGGUUGCAAUCUCCCAGCUUGUGUGACUCUGGGCUUAAUCAUGUGGGAGAUGUGAAUUGGAAAAAAAAAAAGUAGUCUUUUAAUCAACUAUUUGACCUCUUCCACCCUGGAGAAACUUGUACUCAAUACUGUAUAUUCAUAUUGUGUAUAACAACCCAACCGAUGACAGUUAAUUGAAGGGUCACUAAAAAGGCCACAGACACAUUGUAUUAUAAAGUCGUUUUGUAUAUUUUUAUCAGUAGAACCAAGGGUUGUCCAGUUUAGCCUCACAGUUGUAUAAUGAUUGCUAUUUGAUGUUGGGGAUAUUUUUUCAUGUGGAAAUGUUAAAUAGCAGCCUUGGGCUUAAAACGUUAAUGAUCUUUGUUCAGUCCACAAGUUCCAUCAGUGACACAAAAUAAACACAUGAAAGUGCACACAAAUCACAUUUUUGUUUGCAUUGUCUUGUUUGAAUUAGAGCUCAGUUGAAGGUCGAUUGACCCCAGUCUUGUUUUUUAUCCCCUGCAGUGUGUAUUAGGUUCAAACAGCAGAAUGAAGAUGGCCGACUGUCCUCCAGUAAUACUCAGAUGUAUAUGAAGCAACAAUGUCGAGCAAAAUCAGACACCCCUCUGUGCUCAGAUGCUGACUGGGUUUCUAAAUGCCCCUCUGGCUGCAGACUCCAGGGCUUGAUCUUGCAGAUGGAAAACAAGGUGCAUAAAAAGCUGCAGGAGGUGUGUAAGACAGCAAAGAUGUAUGAAGAUGCAGCUGAGAAAUCCAUGAUUGCGAUGACACACAACUACAACUCUAACCGGAGAGACAUUGUUAACAGAUACAUUUCAGAGCUGAAGUUUGUGGAACAUGCAGAAGGACUGGCCCGAAACCUCACAUCGCUACAGAAACGAUCAACCGGUCUGUCACAACAGAUCGAAGAGCUGAGCAGCAAAAUCCAGAAACAGAUAGAGGAGCUGUAUCGAACAGAGGUGGACAUUGACAUGAAGCUACGAGCCUGUCAUGGGUCCUGCCAGUCGGUCCUGCCAUUUGGUGUUGAUCAUUCCAGCUAUAAAGGCCUUCAAACUGGCAUGGAAGACAUAGACGAGACUUUCAACAGAAGAACCAAAGCAGCUGCACCUCCUACAGGCAUCCCACAUAUUAAGAUCCAGCCUAUAGAUGUAGUCCCGGGACCAUCUGAAGGAUAUAAGACCAUCCCGACAGUUCAGAGAGAACUACUGACCCAGUUUGAGGACAUUGAACAGAAUCAGUUAACUAUGGAGGAGCUACUGGAGGGGUCUGAAGAUCUCAGUGAUGUAGAGUUAGAAUGAAAGGGUUUAACUGAGAAUGGGGAAGCAUUUUUGUAACCUUGUUAUUUAAAAACCACUAUUUUUUUAGUCUGCAAAGUUUAGUUUAGUCACAGUUACAGUUGGAUCAGCAAGCUGAGUAAUCUGUGUGCCAUUUGUUUCCAUGUUUUUCAGUGGUGGGCCAUCUAAAUCGAUGAGACCAAGAAUAAAACUGAUUUUAAACAGGCCAUUUUAGAGUUCAGUCCAGGGGCAUUUUUAAUUAAAAGAACAAACAAGCUAAAAACAAGCGUGCCAUGACUCUUCACACCACUAAAACCACUGAUGCAGUGUUCUGCUGGGAAAUUUGGGGUCAUGGUAUUCAUAUGUAUAUUGCUAUGACAGAAACCAACUCCAUAAACACAGAUGCAGACUUGAGCACACUGCCAUAUUUGGCAGUCGCACUCCCCUACAGCAGCAGCCUCCUCGGGCAGAACAAUGUGCCCCAUAACAUUACAAAACUAGCCUGUGCUAUUGCAGGUCCAUGUCGACCAACUGUGCUUUUUUUCUGCGGACAAGGGGACGAGGAUGGAACUUGACAAUAUUAUUCAUUUUAUGGCUUAUCAGUGUGUCUUUCAAAGCUGAUAAAAGCUCCUGUUAUCUCCAUUUAUUAUCCAUACAACACACUCCUGUUUGGUCCUCUGUUAUUUAUUUUAUGGACUUCAUGAUUAGGCAAAGAAACAAUUUCUUUACACUCACUCUGCAGUCAUUGUAACUCACUGAAAUUUCAUGUGUAUAUUGAGAGUGCAUAAAAAUGUAAUUUGAAUGGUUGCAAGGUAGUUAUCUCUGUUAUUCUUACCCUGCCUACAUUAUUAAAUAGUUUCUUAUAA